GUGUUUCCCAUUAAGUUUCGUAUGAAUUCAGAUAGUUUGACCAAAUGUUGAGUUGACUAUUUAUUGGGAGACCUUAAAACCCUUAUAAAUAUUGACAUAUACUCAAUCCUUCAUGCAUCACUUUCAAAGCAAAAAAUAACAAAUUCUUACUUAGUGUUUUAAAUCUUCUUAGAAGCUAACUUCCAAAAUAAAAAUAUCAUGGGAAUUUUCACCUCCGAAAGUAAGCAAUGUUCUCCAGUAGGGGCUGCAAAACUAUUCAAAGCCAUAGUCUUGGACUAUAGCAAUGUGUGGCCGAAAGCUCUACCAGGUUUCAUUCAGAGUGCUGAAACCAUUGAAGGUGAUGGAGGCUCUGGAUCCAUCAAGAAGCUCACUCUUGUUGAGGGGUAUGUGAAGCACAAGGUAGAUGCACUUGAUGCAGAGAACUUUGUGUACCACUACAGCAUAAUUGAAGGGACAGUGUUGCCAGAGAACUUGGAGAAGAUCUCAAAUGAGUACAAAUUGGUGCCAAGUGCUGAUGGAGGAUGCAUUAUUAAGUCCAUAAACAAAUAUUAUACCAAAGGCGAUGAACAAUUGACUGAGGAGUUUCUCAAUGUUGGAAAGGAAAAAUCUGCUGCCUUCACCAAGGCUGUUGAGGCUUAUCUCUUGGCUAAUCCUGACUACAAAUAAUUAACUUAAUUAAGGUCCCUUAAUUAGUCUUUUCAGUUACUAUCAACAAUGUUGCUUUCUUUAUUUUUACUUACCUGCCAAUAAUUUGAGGGAUCAGUAUGAGCUAUGAUUCUAUUUCUCAAUAUUGUUGCCUUUGUAUUAUUGCAUUUCUUGUUAUGAGAGGUGUUUGAAUGAGUUCACGUUAUUCAUAUAAAAAAAUGGGAAACAGCAAUUGUUGCAUGUGACCUUGUUGGGUUUGAUCUUCUA